GGCGCUUCCGUGUCCGCGCCGGCUCCCGCGGGGACUCUUCGGCGGCGCGUCGGGAGCGAAGCUCGGUUGUGUCCGCGGGGUCGGCGGAGGCUGCGCCAGGUGGUGCCCGCCGGCCGGCCGCCCGGCCUGUGCUCGGAGUGAACCCGGCCGGCCGCGAUGCGGAGCUGCUCCCAGUGAAAGGAAAGUAGGUCGCGCCCGCUGAAAAUGCCUUUAAGGGACAAAUACUGUCAGACUGACCACCAUCACCACGGAUGCUGUGAACCAGUUUAUAUCCUGGAACCUGGAGAUGCUCCUUUGUUACAGCAGCCACUACAGACAUCCAAAUCUGGUAUUCAGCAGAUAAUUGAAUGCUUUCGAUCAGGGACUAAACAACUUAAGCAUAUUUUAUUAAAAGAUGUGGACACUAUUUUUGAAUGUAAAUUAUGCCGCAGUCUCUUCAGAGGAUUACCAAAUUUAAUUACCCAUAAGAAAUUCUACUGCCCACCCAGUCUUCAGAUGGAUGACAACCUUCCCGAUGUAAAUGAUAAACAAAGUCAAGCCAUUAGUGAUCUCCUUGAAGCCAUAUACCCAAGUGUGAAUAAGCGAGAAUAUAUUAUUAAGUUAGAACCCAUAGAAACUAAUCAAAAUGCAGUGUUUCAGUAUAUUUCACAGACUGAUAAUCCUACUGAAGUCACAGAAUCCAGCAGUACUCCUGAGCAAAUUGAAGUUCAAAUACAGGAAACUAGCACUGAACAGUCAAAAACAGCACCAGCUGCAGAUAUGGUGGUGGAAACUGCAGAGUCCCCUCCUGAUGAGAUUGUUUCAGAUGAAGUUGCACCUCCAUCUGUUGAACAACCUCAGGAAUCGCAAGCUGACUUGGAAACUUCUGACAGUUCUGAUUUUGGUCUCCAGUUGAUCUGCUGUCUUUGUAGAAAAGAAUUCAAUUCCAAACGAGGUGUUCGCCGUCACAUUCGUAAAGUGCACAAAAAAAAGAUGGAAGAACUUAAGAAGUACAUUGAAACUCGAAAGAAGCCAAACCAGUCUACUAAAGGACGCAGUAAGAAUGUUCUAGUUCCUUUAAGUAGGAGCUGUCCAGUAUGUUGUAAAUCAUUUGCUACAAAAGCGAAUGUAAGGAGGCAUUUUGAUGAAGUUCAUAGAGGACUAAGGAGGGAUUCAAUUACUCCUGAUAUAGCAACAAAGCCUGGGCAACCUUUGUUCCUGGAUUCUGUUUCUCCUAAAAAAUCUUUUAAGACUCGAAAACAAAAGUCGUCUUCAAAGGCUGAAUACAAUUUAACUGCAUGCAAAUGCCUCCUUUGCAAGAGGAAAUAUAGUUCACAAAUAAUGCUUAAAAGACAUAUGCAAAUUGUUCACAAGAUAACUCUUGCUGGAACAAACUCUAAAAGAGAAAAAGGCACUAAUAAUACUGCCAACAGUUCAGAAAUAAAAGUUAAAGAUGAACCAGCAGAUUCUGUAGAAUCUUCACCCCCUUCCAUUGCCCAUUCUCCACAGAAUGAAUUAAAGGGAACAAAUCAUUCAAAUGAAAAAAAGAACACACCGGCAGCACAGAAAAAUAAAGUUAAACAAGACUCUGAAAGCCCUAAAUCAACUAGUCUGUCUGCUGCAGGUGGCCAGCAAAAAACCAGGAAACCAAAACUUUCAGCUGGCUUUGACUUUAAGCAACUUUACUGUAAACUUUGUAAACGUCAGUUUACUUCCAAACAGAACUUGACUAAACACAUUGAGUUGCACACAGAUGGAAAUAACAUUUAUGUUAAAUUCUACAAGUGUCCUCUUUGCACUUAUGAAACUCGUCGGAAGCGUGAUGUGAUACGACAUAUAACUGUGGUUCAUAAAAAGUCAUCGCGCUAUCUUGGGAAAAUAACAGCCAGCUUAGAGAUUAGGGCUAUUAAAAAGCCCAUUGAUUUUGUUCUAAAUAAAGUGGCAAAAAGAGGCCCUCCAAGGGAUGAAGCAAAGCAUAGUGAUUCGAAACAUGAUGGCACUUCUAACUCUCCUACUAAAAAGUAUGAAGUAGCCGAUGUUGGUAUUGAAGUAAAAGUCACAAAAAACUUUUCUCUUCACAGAUGCAAUAAAUGUGGGAAGGCAUUUGCCAAAAAGACUUAUCUUGAACAUCAUAAGAAAACUCAUAAAGCAAAUGCUUCCAAUUCACCUGAAGGAAACAAAACCAAAGGCCGAAGUACAAGAUCUAAGGCUCUUGUCUGGUGAGGAACAGUUACAGAGUUUUGCUUUUUUUGCCCCACCGAACUAAAAAAGUUCAUUUGACCUUAAUUUAUAACUGGUUCCAUUUUAAUACAUUUGCUUCCAUGUAUCUUUUGGCAGUGGGAACUGUAAGAGUAAUGUGCACAUUGCAUUUACUUCUUCAGUGACCUUUAUUCCAGUGGCUUGGGAACAAAAGUUAACAUUAGAACUUACCUUUCACAGGACAAUGCAAUAUAGUUGUAGUGUAGAUGGCACAGGGUCAGUGUUUCCCUUCUAAUGCUGUAAAAUACAACAUUGACACCAGCUUAUGUUUAUAAUAGAAGCCUUCUGUUUAACUUUGCACAAGUUUAAUCUGAUUCAGUGACUUAGUCUACUAAUUACAAUGUAGGAUAUAUUAGGAUAAAUUUGCGAAGGUGAUAAUUAUAGGAAAAGUCUUUUGAGGCACUGUAAUUAAUGUAAAAUUUAAUCUGUGAUGUUAACUAAAAUGCUGCACUCAGAAAAAGUAAAAAGAAACAGAUUGAAUUUAGAAUGAUUAGCAUUUAUUUCUUAACCUUUAUAGCAUAGUCCUUCCAGGCAAAAGGGAAACAGAAGUUGGGAUUUUUUUUGUCAUUGGGAUUGUUAGAUAUUAAUUUUCAUUUUCACCUAUGGGAAAAUGAUGAGUUAGGUCCCAAGUUUUCUUGGUUUUCCCAUUUUUUGUUUAGGUAAAUGUUGGUGAUCAUCAUUUCAGUAUAUUUAAUAUUAUUACUUUUUCUUGUAAUAUUAUUAAGUAGGGUUUUUUAAAUUCUUUUUUUAAUGUGUGUAGUAGUAUGUUGUGAGAAAAGUAAAUUUCCUAUUGAGGAGAAAGAAAAAUACUUUUUUAAAGAGGAGUUUGGAACAAAUUUAGAUGUUAAAAAAUGCAAUAAAAAUGAGCAGACUUCCUACACUUAUUUUUGCAAUCCUCUCUAGAUAUUUAAAAAACAUCUUAAACACCAGUGUCCCCUGUAGGAAGGUAUUUAAUGAGUAUCAGUUUUUGAUUCAGGUUCUAAAGCAGUAUAUUUAGAGGGCUGAGUAGGUUAAAUGUUGUGGCUUAGUUACCACACAUUAAAAAAUAUAUAUAUAUUUGAAAGUUUAGAUGAAACCAUCCUUUAGAAGUCAUUUACUGUUGUAUAAUUUAAGAAACAAGGUCAUAUUAGUAAACUCAAAAAUGUUCAUUUAUCCCCAUUUCUCCUCAGAUAACUUCAAGUGAUGUACAAAAGGUUUGGAGUUCAUUUUUGUGGAAAGACUUUAAAUUGGUGUUAGAACCACUAAACAUCUUCAAAUGGUACUAUGAGGGAAAAAAAUAGAAAAAUAUUUUCAAUAUUUGACUGUAAUUGCUGUUUUCUGACUAGAAUAAUACCAUUUAACCACUUAUUUUAAGGCACUGCCUUUGCCAGCACUUUCAAGUAGCUGUGACAUUAUAUAUUGCUGUCAGUCUGUCAGCUAACUUCCCUUGACCUUGUGUAUUUGGCCUAUAGUCUCUACAAAAAAUGUUGCAAAUUAUAUUUUCUGAACAGUUUGUUGAUGAGACUAAUCAACAACCUGAAGAAGACAUCACCACUGAUGAUUGUUAAUUGAUAAAGACUUUAAAUCUUAGUGAUUUUAACUUUGUUCCACUUUAUUUAGCAAUAUUUUUAAAUGGAUAUACCUGGAUUAUACAGAUAAAUGAUUUCUAGUGAGUGCAAAGUAGGACCAAAUGAUAAUUAGUAGCAACAUGUUAUAAAAGUUGGGCUACUAAAUAUUUGAAAUUAUUUUUGCAUCUGUUUGUUUUUAACAGCUUUACUUUCGACAACUUAAAUGUUUCAAAGUUUCAUUCUAAAAGGUAUAUUACAGGAAAGCUCUGGCUAAUUUUCACCCAGGGAUCAUUACAUUUUUUUCAUUUGCAAACAUCUGAAGUUUUAAUACAAAUUAAACGUGCCCAUAUUUUCCUCAAAUUUUAUACAAAGCACUUUAAUGAUAGAUGCAACUUAAUUUUUUAGUUUCUAUCUCUAAAACUCACCUCUACUAUUACUGAUAUGAAGGUAGUAAAUAGUUUAGUGAUAUUUUAUGGAUGUAGACAAUCCAUGCAAACCACUUCUUAUACUAGUUUAUGUGAAUAUCAUUUAAAAAGAAAUAUUGAGAUGUAAUCCCUGAUGUUUUUCUCCCAAGAAAAAUUUUAAAUGACCAUUUUAGAUAUUUGAUCCCUACUUUAAACUUGAGAAUAAUGAAUUCUUGUCCACUUUUAUAAUCAAGAUUUUAGGAAAAACAGAAAUAUACCUAUCUUUAUGUAAUUUGGGGCUGAUUUUUGUGUAUCAAUUUUUGUACUUUUUAGGGGAUUUUUUUAGUAACUUGUGUUAAAAUAUAAUUUUAAAAAGCACAUCAGAGAAUAUAUAUAUGUAUAUAUAUAUAUAUAUAUAUAUAUUCAUACCUGUACUUAGAAGGGACCCUGUUCAUCAAUAUACUUUUGUAUAAAUUUUUAAAAUGUUGAAGAUCCACAAGGUCAUAAUAAAAUGCUUCUAUAACUAGAAAACCACUUACCCUUCCCAGUGCACUGCACUAAAAUAUACUGUGAAAGGAAAUUAGAAAGUCUGUAACUGUUGCUGGAAAUGUUCUAUAUUGAAUGUACAUGCUCUUGUUGGAAAAAUGUACUAUAUGUGAUGAAAAUAAACCAGACUCAAAGUUAUUUCAGCUAAAUGUGCUUCAACGAAGGUGCAUUGGUUGAAAAUGUUUUAUUAUCGAACCUAAACGUACUCAGUGACUAUGAGCAACUACACUUGAAUUAUAUCCUGAUAGUUUAUUUUUAAGAAUUAAAGUGAUAAUUUCUCUUUAAUUUAAAAAAUUACUUUUCUACAUAUGGAAAACUUGUACUUAUAGUUCUAAUUUUAAUAAUAGCAUAAUAUAUUUAGGGAACAAUGUGUAGGUAAUAUUUUAUUUAUAAGCAAUCUAUUAGUUGCUCCUUAUUAAACCUGUAUGUUUGACUCUC